AUGGCUCUUAUCGUGAAUCUUUUACCUCUUUUGUUCUCAGCAGCCCUAGUUUAUUCGGAUCGAAGUACGGUGCCUCUCAAAUCCUUUAAGAUCAGUGAAAAUGUGAUAUACGAUUGCAUAGAUAUUUAUAAGCAACCAGGACUUGAUCAUCCCUUGCUUAUAAACCACAAAAUCCAGACGAAACCAUCAUUUUCACCACAUGAUCCAUCAUUUUCACCACAUGAUCCAACGAAUCAAACGAGCAAUAACGCGACAUACAAAAUGAAAAUAGCAUGUCCAUAUGGAACUGUUCCCAUAUUGAGAAAUACAAAGGGCUUCAAUACUAAUGCACAAUUUUUUGCCGAAAAGUAUUUCAAUCCACUUACAGCCGAUAGUCCUCUAACACAUAUUGCUGGGGUAAGGUCAGAGUCUGGUCCAUAUCGUGGUGUGCAAGCUUUCUUUACAGCGUAUAACUUAGACCUCAGAGACGAUGAAGCGUCAUAUACUCAAAUAUAUAUAGGGAGUGGACUUAAUAAUGAGGCCAAUUUUUUGAUGACAGGUUUGAUGAUAAAUCCAAGCUUAUAUGGCAACGACAGUGUCUGGACAUUUGGAUUUUGGCAGGGUAAGGAUGGAAAAGGAUGUUACAAUACUGGAUGUCCGGGAUUUGUUCAAAUAUCGCAACGAGUGCCUAUAGCCCAUCCCUUAGGAAUGAAGCCACUAGAAUCUGGCAACAUAAAUCCCUUCAUCCAUCAGGAUAAGAAAACAGGAAAUUGGUGGCUAUCAACCUUGGUGUAUAAGGCGCCUAUGAUAAAUAUCGGCUAUUGGCCAAAAGAGUUAUUCAACCUUAUGGAUUAUGGUGGAAAUAUUGUUGGAGCUGGAGGUAUAGUUCAUGCUUCUUCGUAUGGUUCAAGCCCUGCCAUGGGUCAUGGUCAAUUUCCAAAAGCAAUCCCUACCGAUGGAUCAACAACUUUUGAAGAUGUUCAAGUCAUGAAUUCUAAUUAUGAACCACAUAGAAUGGAUUAUUUUCCAAUAGAGAAGUUGUUAGACAGUCCCCAAUGUUAUGGGAUAGAAAUUGGGAUAAACCAACCUCGUCAUCAUGAUCAUCGCGGUUUCUUUUUUGAUGUUGGUGGUCCGGGAGGAAACAAUUGUUGA